AUGUCCAAUGCUUCAGACUCUGAGCUGCCUCCAGAAACCACAGAGCAGACAGAGACAAUACCUAUUGCAGACUUGGAACCAUCUCCUGACCUUCCUCCCUCUCCUCCUUCUCCUCUUCCUCCUCCUCCAGAGCAUGAAUGGAGCCCAGUUUCUGAGCCUACCAGGAUAAAUGCUUCCUCUUUUUCCUUUUCUCUGCAAGGAAUCAUUCCUGUGACCGUGGGAAUCUUCAGCCUGCUGCUCUUGAUGUUGUGUGGGUUCUUUGGAUAUCAGUACUUUCACACUGUUGAGGCAUCAGCAACCAAGAUGAAGAUCUUGAACGAAUGGAUUGAGUCUUUACAAAACAAAACUGAAAAUUUUCUAAAGAUCCAAAAAGCUCUUGACCGAAACAAAGAAACCCUAGAGUGGCUCCGGAGCCAGAAGGAUUAUCUCAUUGAGGCUUUACACAAACUAAAGGAAAAACAAGGAGUAGAGUGUGGACCUCUUCUGAAGCACUGGGUUCAGUACAAAGACCACUGCUACCAUCAAACCAUGGAAAUGGUUUCUUGGUUAAACUGUUCUGAUCUGUGUGUCUCUUUGAAUGCUACAUUUUUUAAGACAGAAGGGAGUAGAUUGGAGAAUAUCAUGAAAUUAAUUACAGUAAAUCAUACUUGGCUUGGCCUGUCUUACAAGGAGGAGGACAAUAAAUGGAAGUGGGAGGAUGGCUCCUCUCCUUCUCCUGAGCUGGGUUUGCCAGAACCAAGUCUGGAUUUCCAGGGAAAAUGUGUGUAUGUAAAUUCACACACUGUUGGUACUGAUAACUGCACUAAAUCCUCUUCAUGCUUGUGUGAGAAGAGUGUCCUCUAA